UGUUUUCACUCAGCGCAGUAACGGAGAGGGGAGGCAAGGCACGGAGUUUGUGUAACGGUUUUUCGCUUUUAAUCUUCAUUGCAUCUCUCCAGCCUUCUGCCAUGGCUCUGUGCAGUAGCGUCGGAGCCUUGGCGUUACCCAGCGAGCUCAUUGUCCACAUAUUUUCCUUCCUGUCAGACCGAGACAAGCUCCGGGCCUCGGCCGUGUGCUCUCGCUGGAGGGAGUGUCUCUUCUACCCUGCGCUGUGGACGGAGCUCAAGCUGCGCGUCGGUGGAGGAACCAACGGCGGCGGCUCUGGGUCAGAACAAACCCCGCGAUUAGAGUUCCUCAUGCGCAAGUUCGGCUCAUUCGUGCGGGAGCUGCAGCUGGAGUUUGCCCCGGUGGACGGAUACUUGAGCCCGCUGCAGCGCGGAAUGGAAGCCGUCGAGUGCGACCCGCAGUUCGCGAAAGAUGCGAUGGUGACAUAUUUGGAUCAGGUGUUGUGUGUGCUCGGCAGUCUGCGUAAUAACAGAAAUCUCCAGAAGCUGAGUCUCUACGGGGACACAUGCAUUCUUCAGGAUGACGGGAUUCUGGACAGCUCUUUUCUCAGCCAGGUCGACCAAGGGGGCAAGAAGAUGAAAGAGAUCCAGCUGCUCUUUGAAGAGAUCCUGUCCAACAGCAGGCAGAUGAAGUGGUUGUCAUCUGCGUUCAUGCUCUGUGUGGUGACCCCUUGCUCUCUGGCCUCUCUCUCCAACGCCAGCACCAGCUCCCUCGAGCACCUCAGUCUGAUCGACAACCAGCUGCCCAGCCUGAUUUCCACAGUGGAACUGGAAAGGCUCGCUCACCUGCGGUCUCUGUCGCUAGACUUCUGCGACUUCACCUCGGACAUGUGCCGCCUCCUGGCCUGCGGUGACCGAGCGCCCCUCCACCGCCUGUCUCUCCUUCUCAAUGGCGCCGCUUUGGAUGUCAAGCCUUUGGGUGGCACCGCCGCCGAGGAGGACUGGAAAGCCCUGGUCCGUCGCAGCACGAACCUGCGUGUCUACGUCAUGGCGAUGGAUGUGUGCAGCCAGGACCUUCUGCGUGUGCUGAAGCCCAGCGUGCCCCUGGAGCGCAUCCACCUGGACAGCUACAGCACUCUGGUGACGGAUGGGGUCGUGGAGCUCAUCUCGCAGCAGUACCACAGAACCCUCAGCCACUUCAUCUUGAUGAGGGACGACGCCGGAUUCCCAGACCUCAGCGUCAACCGCAAUGAGGACCCGCUGGUUCUCCUCGCCUGGCGCUGUGUGCACCUCGCUGUCUUGAUCAUCCAUGGCUACACCGUGUGGUCCCACAACCUCGUGGCCAUCUCUCGCCUGCGUGGGUCCAACCUCAAAGUCCUGGAGGUGUCCGAAGAGAGCAUCGACUUUGACCCGGACCAGUCGGUGUACAUCGAGGGAGAUCCCGUCCACAAUCUAGUCAAGGAGGUGUCCCUGGGCCUGGGCCGCGUCUGGCAUCCCUCAAUGGACAACAGCAUGGUCCUGAACGAGCCCACUCAGCACUUCCACCGUGAGAUGCAGAGUUUCAGCGCGGGCAUGUAGACUCGCCAAACGCCCUCUCUAACCCUGUGCUUGGUGAUCUUUCACUCAAUGGGCCCUUCUCAUUUUACAUAUUGUUUUAUUUCUUUCCUUUCUUUUUGAUUUGUUUUUGUUUUUUCUUGUAGUGUGAAUUUAAUCCUUUAUAUGUGCUGUGUUUAAUCAGUAUUAGCUCUAUAUUUAUAUCUAUAUCUAUAUAUCCUGCUUAUUACUAGGAAAGUAUAGUUGGGUAUUGGUUUAGUAGCUAAUUGAGUGAAUGGUAGAGAUGGACUUUUAUACAGCUAGCUUAAAAGUUGUACAGUGAGCUGUUCAUUCUCUCGCUUUGUCUGUUUGUUGGUUUCCCCUUAGAAAGUGUGGAGUUACCUCAAACUAUCAGUUGAUCCUUCUUGGCUUCUGCAACGACGAAAUCCCAUGUUCACGUUGACCUUUUUAUAGGGAGAUUAGUCUUCCAGCCAAGGGACACGGCUGAUCCACAAUUACAAACCUUCCUCUUUGUUUUACAUCACUAUGUAAUUGUUAUUCAGAAACGAGGAUUGGUGGAAACAACGUGUUCGGGACGCAGAUCCCGCUGGUUUUUCUCAACCUGCAAGUAGACGCACCUCUGCUGGUGAAACCAAUCGUAGAGGUUUUCAGUCUGGUGUAUAACACCUGCAUGCUGACCGCCCUGCAGCACAAUAUCUGGGCCCAGCCAUAGGUGUUUUGUUCUUUUCUUUUUUUCCUACGUGUGUUUUCGUUGCAAGUCCUUCCCGUCUGUCUCAGGUAGGCAAGAAUUAUAUGACCAGGAAGACGAAGAGGAUGGUUAUGAUAUUUUGGUAAGAGUGAUAACAAUCAGUUGAUAAUAGUUCUUCUCGAGUCACAGUUGCCUUGAACUCCCCCUUUCUUCUUCAUAAUUAAUGUGUUUUUGGCCUCGGACUCGGUCCGUUCAGCGUUAACGUCGCCGCAAUUCCCCAACCGAAGUGCGAAAUCCUCAUCGAAUCGUUGUCGAGGGCGAACGCGCUCCGAACGGAUUGAAUCCGGGCCGUGGUAUUUCAUCUGUAAAACAUAAGAUGGCGGGAGACAGACGUUUGCUUGUUCCAUAUCUCAGGAUUCCUGCACUUGCGGUACUUUUCCAGAAAGCUUUUGUUGAAGCUUCGUUCAAAUGGUUGGUGUGCUCGACGGGCAAGAUUUUGUAGUGUUUUUUGGAGGAAAGAGAGCUCUUCCAAAAGAAUGCGCUUUAGAAGUCGCUGGUUUUUAUUUUUUCUACCUGUUUAAUUUCCCUAGCUUAGCAUUUGAAGGUCUGUGUGUUUUUUGCUUUUACAUAUAUCGUCUAUUCGCUCCUUUAUUUUAAAAUCAGUCGAGGGAGAUCGUGGUUGCUUGUAAAGCUGAAAUAAGUGAAUGUCAAACUAAAGCCUUCUUGAAAGCGGCAGCGUUUUUCGCUCUGCAGAAUCCCCCUCUUUCCUGAGCAUAUCUUUAUUUUCUCGUGCUCUAACAACGAAGCGAAUCGUCGAAGAGUGGAGUACUUUUUAAAACCGUAAAGUUGCCUCGCUAACUGUUACUCUGUCAGGCCUCAGAACUUCCUGUUAUUUGGCGGUAUCAACUACCCAAGCCAAACCAGGUUUGAAAUGGAAGCCAUCGCCCAAAUCUUCCUGGAAGAUCCGCGCUUAUGACAAAAACAAACAGCCAAAGCAAACCUUCGCAGCGUGAAAACGAUCUUUAUAUGCAAGCUUAUCAAGUGAGCGGUGACCUAGAUCUUGUCAGGAUUUGUAAUGUGUGUGGUCCAAAAAAGAUUUGAAGCAGUUAACCAAUGAGGUCGAACCACUCUUGGCACACGAAGGCCUGUUCGUAGGGUUGAUUUAAAGAGAUCCAGCUUGACUAAUUGUUGACAAGUUUACAACCUAUUGUGGUACCCAUGUCGACAUUGGUGAAAACGGCAGCUUUCCGUGGUUGGUGGCACAGAACGCAAAAAGGGUCUUGUGAAAAGUCAUUUGUGGAUUACAAUCUGUUCAAUUCGCUCCCUUUUUGAACAAACCACGGAUUAAAUAUGUUGUUUUCAGGUGCGUUGACAUAGGUGCCAAAAACAUUCUGUAAUGAUUAUGUUGGAAUGCUCUUAAACGUAUGCUAGUAGUGGGAAUCUGUGUGUGUUUUUUUUUUUUUUAAGUUUAUUUCGAAAAAGUUCUUAGUACAGCACCAAAAAAAACGAUUUCAAUAAGUGUGAGCUUGUUUGUUGUACAUCGAUUUUUGCCGAAGGACUUUAGUUGGCGGAGAAUGACGGCGGAUGACGCGUUACAAACUGCUAAAGCAUUCAUACCGUGCCUAAAACCCAGAAUAGCUUUCAUUUCAAACCCAUGUCAUUCGUACGUCCCUGGUCGACCAAGUCUACGAACCUUUACCAAGACAUAGCAUAUUUAAAACCGCCAGUGUUUUCUUGUUUGCGUCUCGUUUCGCAAUCUUUCUGUCUGCGUGUAAGUGUCGUGUAAGCGUUCAAAAAGUGCAUACGUCAGAGAAGGAGGUGUGUGUUCAGUACAAAAACGUACCACUUCCUCGGCAGUGAACAGGAAACAGCCAUUCUCAGGGUUACUGUUAGACGUGUGGAGGAAACAAACAAGAGUCCAAUAGCUCAGGCCUCUCACCAUGAAAGUUUCCAUUAAUGAAGAAUCUUCUCAACAAAGUCACUGGAUUUAACUUCUGUCAGCGCAUCAUCUGCGCCAGCUGCCAAAGAUAACGGUGAUACGACUCUUUUAUUUUUUUGCCCACAUGCUGGCAGAGGGCAGGGCCAAUGGCUGAUGGGCCGAGAUGUGCUACUACUAUCGUAUUAUGACAACUACUAUUAGAUAAAUGUACUAACGGAGGGAGGGGAGGUCGGACUUGGGCGGUGGUCCACAGCUGUGCUGUGGCUUUGGUCAACAUACGUUAGAUCUCUCUUAAAAUGCACCUGUUUCACUGUGAAGAGUGAAUGUAAUUUAACUAUUGAAAAUCAAGGUUGGUUCUAUCAGACCUAUAAGCUGCUAUGAGACGUGUUAGGAACAUUCCACUGGGGAGUUAAAAACAAAUUAAAAUGGCCAAAUGUCUGCAUGAAAUGAUGAUUUUUUUUUAUUAUUAUUAUUCUUUUCUGUUUAGUUUAGGGCAGGGGCGGGAUCCUGGAAUCAGCGUUCGACUGGUCCUACGAUGAAAUUCUUGAGCCAUUUGAGAGCGCGCGUAGGUUUUUAUUCAUGAUCGAUUCGACCAGUCGGUUGUUACAACUCAGUUGGAUCCCAGUGUUUGUUUUGUUUGCGUUUUUACUUUCACAAACGUUAUAUGCAUUUCACAAUCUCGUAGUAAAGAGAAAGAGGGCUGCUAUGACCCCAUCUGAGACGGUCAGUGUUUUACAGCUUUUUCCCGAUACUGAUUAUAAACCUCACGCCAGCCUUUGGUAAAACAAACCGUUACCAUGUUUCCACUGCAGGUCAGAUCUCGAGCUCGACGCGGGCCUCUCUUUCUCUCUCUGGUUGGCUUGCGUUAACGGCGAAGUCACAAACUAUGCAAACGGAAUGCAUACGAUCCAAUGGCUCUUAACUUAGUUUUUAUUUUGCGCUUUUCUUUUUCUCCUUCUGUCACUCAAAUGGAAAUAACCUAACUUGCAAUGAUACUUGGCCUUAUUAUUGUUGUUAUUAUUAUUAUUAUUAUUGUUUUAAGAUCUUGAUUCUUCGGAAGCCAACUCAGUUUCAAGGGCGACCGUGGGUUACAGACAUGGUCUCUAUGAGACUGGCCAGAAGGCCCCAGUUAUAAGUGGUACGAAUGUUGUGCAUUUGUAUAAAAUCAGGACAGUUUGCAAUAAAGAAUUGGCCAUCUUGGGACACCAGCAGUGCUAAGACCACACUGCUAACUUAUAAACUUAAUGGGGAGUUAAAAAAGAUAACAUAAACCUGCAUAUGCGUAUAUAUACCAACGUAUAUACUUUUAUGCAACACAUGUCCGGGUUCUAUUUAUGAACAUUGAAUAAAAAGUUUAUAAGUGUCGUUGUUUUGCAAAAAUGGUUUUACCAUCUUAAAUGUUUAAUAUUUGGGCAGGUGUGUUCUGUCUACUAUUUGUCUCCGGUGAGCACAUAGCAUUGGAUUUUAUAUGUACAUCUGCAAACAGGAAGUACUCUGGCACAGGUGUGAACAUGCCAGGUGGGAAGAUUUUAAUGAGAAAAAGUGAUCUCGAGGUUCCACGAUAAACAAGAAAAACCUUUGAAAAACUUAACUGACAGAUAUUGGGUAAACCAGCCGAAUGUUGAUUUGAAUUAAUGUUGAACGAAUGCAUUUUCUUUUAAUCUGUAAAAUAAAAGCAUACAAAAAUCAA